AUGCUAACAAGGCUCGCUCGCGUGACCGUCGUACUGAAUGGCAAGUUAGCCGUAGCUACCGUUACAGUAAUGUGUCAUUUCAAAAGGACUCAUAUCAAACCACCUUCAAAAGACGGAGUUACGAAGAGCAACCCGAGCAAGCGACACCGGGAGAGGCUUAACGCUGAGCUGGACACCCUGGCUUCCCUCUUACCCUUCGAACAGAACAUCCUCAGUAAGCUGGACAGACUCUCGAUCCUUAGGCUAUCAGUCAGCUAUCUGCGAACCAAGAGUUACUUUCAAGGUAAGUGGUAG